AUGUCAGAUCGGGGCGCAGCCCUGAUAAAUCGCUUCAGCUCGAACCAGGAGCAGCGCGUGGCUCUACAACAAGCCCUUUACAAUGCUGGAAUGAUAAUUAUCUUGGGCGUUGUUGUGGCAUCAUUGGUCGCGCUCUACAACAUGUUGUACAUGUUUCUCACGCCAAUGCUCUGGGCUGUCCUCGCUGGAACCGUGCUUUUUCCGCUGAAGAGAAGAGUUACGGAAGUGACACAAGAUUGGCUUCUGAAGCUGCAAGAAACUGAUACGCCGUUGGUGAUCGGUUUGGUCGUCUCUCCCUACAAAAUGGUCACCCAUGCUUCCGAAUGCAUCUACAGAAAUUCGAUGGGCUAUCGUGGAGGAGCAAUUGUGUUGACCUACAUCCUCCUGAAAUUUCUAACCUAUGAUCGGAUAUUCGUCGAUGCCAUUGGAAUGUUUGGCACCACCUACGGUUAUGUGGAUUCUUUCUUGCUGAAGUUCACAAGGCCCUUGGUUUUUAACCUGCUUGCCUUGUACUUCAUUAUUUAUGCUACCUGGAUCUACAUACAAGAAACCGUGUCCAAGAAGCUGGCUCGUGCCCUUUCUGUCCCAAUCUGGCUAUUUAUUCUGGCCAAAAUAUCGACUUACUUCGGCCCGUUGCGCGUCUUGGUUUUCGGCGCGACUGCUGUAAUGCUUUCAAUUCUGGCUGCUGGAAUUGUUCGCGUCGACAAUGAAAGUGAUAUCAAGACUGAAACCGAAAGCGAAGAAGGCGGAGAAACUGAGGCCACUACAGAAACCGCUCCCGCUGUCGCAAAACCACCCGCGCCCACUCAACAAGCAGGUCGGGUUUUUUCUUUUAGCGUAUAUUUCCGGAAUUUUAGGCACCUGUGCACAUUGCUUUGGGUGGUGCGUCAUGAUUCAGCCAUAUUCCUCGUUGCUUGUCUAUUUCUGUUCGCACUCCUCCGGCGGGCAGGCACAGCACUCGGCAUUUUCCAAUUCAUCUCAUGCGCCUGGAACUCGUUCUCUGAUGCGGUACUUCCAAAGGUCCAGCGUAUCGUCGACAUCACUGUGGCCUCUCCUCUGCGGCAAUUUUUCAAGGUAUGUCUCUUGCAA